AUGGGAUUUGGAGGCAGUCGGCUGUGCUUGUGUCUCUUGCUUGCCUUUGCUUUAAUCUCCUCUGCCCGGAACAACAUUCCAUUUUCAGAUGAUGAGGUGGUAGUGGCCAUGGAGGGUAGAUCUUUGAUGGUGAGGAUAGACGACUACAGUGACCCAACUGCUAAUCGUGGGCAUGAUCCCUCCUCCUCCUCCCCCUCCUUCUCUAGAGCCAAGGCUGGGGGCCGCGGUGGCCGAAAAGGCUAG